GGAAGAAGUUCUGUUUCACCACGGUCUCUGUUGUUGUUAUGUCGGUGAGCUGCCUUAAUACAAACUGUUAUGUUUCUAAAAACAAAAUACAGUUUUUGAAUCAGCUCAGUAAAUACCUGUAACAUUCUCCUCACAGUCGUGACUGAGUUUUAAAGCGAGCAGGAAUAUCUGGAGGAGUUUAUCAUCUGAACUGAGAUCUGCUGCUGUGAAGAUGGAGUUUGUGAAAGAGGAGAGAGAAGAGAACACGAGUGAACCAGAAACCAGCACAAUAAAACACGAGGAAACAGAAACCUGCACAAUAAAACACGAGGAAACAGAAAUAAAACACGAGGAACCAGAAACCUGCACAAUAAAACACGACGAACCAGAAACCUGGAGAAUAAAACACAAGGAAACAGAAAUAAAACACGAGGAACCAGAAGCUAGCACAAUAAAACACGAGGAAACAGAAAUAAAACACGAGGAACCAGAAACCUGUAGAAUAAAACACGAGGAAACAGAAAUAAAACACGAGGAACCAGAAGCUAGUACAAUAAAACAAGAGGAAACAGAAAUAAAACACGAGGAACAAGGAGAAUUCAUUGAAGAAAAAGAGGAAAAUGAAGAAUCAAGUGAAGUUGAGGAGAAGAAUCAUGUCAAAACUGGCGGAAAACUUUCCAAGUGUGGUAAGAGUUUCACACAAUCAUCAAACCUUGAGGAUCACAAGAACAUCCACACUGGAGAGAAGCAGCACGCAUGUGAUCAAUGCGGUAAAAUGUUUUUAUGGGCUUCAAUUCUGAAGAAACACUUAAAAGUUCAUGCAAAGAAGAAGCCACAUUCAUGUCAUUUGUGUGGUAAGAGUUUUUUGCAUCUACAAAGUUUGAAAGUACAUCAGAAAAUACAUACUGAUGUGAGAGAGUACGUGUGCUUUGGGUGUGAAAAAACUUUUAGUUCAGUGAGCAGUUUAAAACUGCACGAGAGGAUUCACACUGGUGAGAAACCUUACAAGUGUUCACACUGUGACAUGAGAUUCAUUGUGUCAUCAAGUCUGAAAACACAUGAGAGGUUCCACACUGGAGAGAAACCUUACAAGUGUUCACACUGUGACAAGAGAUUCAGUCAAUCAUCAAAUCUGAAAACACAUGAGAGGAUUCACACUGGAGAGAAACCUCACAAGUGUUCACACUGUGACAAGAGAUUCAAUAAUUUAUCACGUCUGAAAACACAUGAGAGGAUUCACACUGGAGAGAAACCUUACAAGUGUUCACACUGUGACAAGAGAUUCAGUCAGCCAGUAAAUCUGAAAACACACGAGACGAUUCACACUGGAGAGCAACCUUACAAGUGUUCAAACUGCGACAAGGGAUUCAAUAAUUUAUCACAUCUGAAAAAACAUGAGAGGAUUCACACUGGAGAGAAACCUUACAAGUGUUCACACUGUGACAAGAGAUUCAGUCAGCCAAUAAAUCUGAAAACACAUGAGAGGAUUCACACUGGAGAGCAACCUUACAAGUGUUCACACUGUGACAAGAGAUUCAAUCAAUCAGCAAAUCUGAAAACACAUGAGAGGAUUCACACUGGAGAGAAACCUUACAAGUGUUCAUACUGUGACAAGAGAUUCAGUCAGUUAGUAGAUCUGAAAACACAUGAGAGGAUCCACACUGGAGAGAAACCUUACAAGUGUUCACACUGUGAAAAGAAAUUCAGUGGUUCAUCAAAUCUGAAAACACACGAGAGGAUUCACAGUGGAGAGAAAGUACAUCACCGCAACAUACCUGGGAAUCGUUUCAUUGAGUCAUCUGUUAUACACAAAAACCAACCACAGUAAGGCCCCAUAUAUGCGGAGACACAUUUAGUUGUAUAUGUAAAUAUUUUGUAUGGUAUAUGCGUUUUGUCCAGACGGAUCCAGCAUUCAGGGCAGUGAAAACGCAAUUUUUUUUAAAACCAGGUCCCAGAGUGGAUAAAUCUGAAAAUGACACCUUUGGGGUUUUGUGUUCUGCCAAUCUGUAUGUUUUGUGAAACAAUGAUGUCAUUACCCCACGUCUCAACCAUAGUCAGACACCGCUAUGUGAUGUAACACCAACAACAAUGGAGGACUACAUGUUUGUGCUCAUGCUGUAGAAGCUACGGAGCCUGUAAGCUUGACUAAACUUACUAGUAGAGCAGCACGAUAUUGGGGAAAAAAAUCACAUUGUGAUAAUGCAUCGGCGAUGUAUAUUGCGAUAGGGAAAAAUAAAAUCACUAUGACUUGAACAGCUCUAUUUGGGGAAAAAAAUAUUGGGGUGAUUUUAUAGGUGAAUAAAUCAUAGAUAACAGAUAUUUAUAAUUUAUAAAUGAUACAAAUUAAAUAAAAAAGUGCUUUAUAUUCUUCAGGUAAGUCAAACUGUUAACUGUUACAGUUAAGUCUAAUACGUUACUGCUGCGUUACAUUGCUGACAGAAUGCAGUGUUUAUAAUCUAGAGAUUGUAAAGAGGAUGUAGCACACGCACUGUCAAGUCAAGUGCCAGUGGAUUACAGACUUGCUCCCGCGAGAUCUAACGCAACAGAGAGCAGCGCGGGACAAGUGUGUGUGCAGGACAUCUAUUGCACAAAAUAAAAAUGAACUUAUAUAAAAUAUAAACGAUUAACAUGUGCAAGUGUAUGCAGAGCUUCUAUUUAGGCUAUACACAAAUCCGGCGAAACACAGAAGUAAAGCAGCGCCGCCAUUACUGCGAGCCUUGCUGCUAAGGAAGUAGCAGAAGUAGCGUGUCCUGUAGGCGGCUGUAGCCUGCUAUGUCUAUUCUGUCAGUCUCCCUGUCCUCGAUUUUUCUGUGCAUGAGAAUGGAUGUGUGGCAUGAGAGCGUGUGAAAAGCGUCAAUUGCGUGUGUCUCACAUUUUAUUUAUUUUAUUUACAUUUUAUUGCAUUUGUAUUAGUUAUUUGAAGAGUAAAGAAAAUCAGUGGGUCUUAAGUCUUUUCUUUAAUGAGCAGGAUCUGCUUUCAUUCAAAUGUUAUUAGAGGGCACACCAUCACUCUUCGCAGGCAAGAUGGCGGCGCGAGUUCGCAGCGGUAUAACAGGGAUUGAUGCGAGAUACUGAUCCAAAAGCACACCUUUUGUUACUUUCUUGUUUGUUUAAUUUCUUCCUUUAAUGUACGCUAAGCAAUUUGUCAUUGUUGCUGUUUUCAUUUAAAAUAAAUAAAACAUUGAACCACAAA